AUGAAUGCCAGCUGGGUUCCCGUGAUUCACAGUUGUGGGUCGAAUACCCUAAAUUUUGAAUUCCACGAUACAACUCCCCGGCAAGUGUACAACGGAAUAUCCCAGCCAUGGAAAACAACUCAGCAGAGCUCAGUGAAUAAUUGGUACCCAACCUGGCCUGCUAAAGAAAUUAGACCACUGAAAACUGAUCCUGCUCAUUCUUCUUACUUGGCUGGUUCAGCCAAUUACCCGACUGUGAACGGCGUAGCACAACCAAGCUGGUCAGCCACCUGGACAAAAGAUGGCAAGAGGAGAGAGAAACGUUGGGUGAAGUACGAUGGGAUCGGGCCAGUGGAUGAGUCUGGGAUGCCCCUUGCCUCUCGAUCGAGUGUAGACAGUCCUAGGGAUUGGUACCGCAGCAUGUUCCAGCAAAUCCACAGUAAACUUCCAGAUUCAGACCUGGAUUGGGAUCCCUACAAACCAAGAGAUCAUGACCCUCCAGAGCUCAUGAAGAAGAACCAACCUCCACUGAUGACCCCAAGCAGUUCCUCCCGCCAAAAGAAUGGCUUGGAUUGGAGAAAUUGGGAAACUGCAGAUGCCACCAGCAAUGAGCCCAGGAGCAUUUUUGAUUAUGAACCGGGGAAGUCGUCCAUCCUUGAGAAUCCUACUUGGGCCAAGAAGCCCUUCACACCCUCUUCAGCACGGAGCCCAUCACCCUCCCUGCCAAUCGAGGAGUUGCUGGAGAAGGAACUGAAUCAACUCAGCGAAGAGUUGGACAAGGAUAUUAGAAACCUGGAGCAACAGCAGCAGCUUAUCCGCAAGAAUUCCCCAGCUGGUUCCUCUGCCUGCCCCUCUUCUCUGGCCUUCCCUGGCAGCCUGUCGCCCACUUCUGGUGUCAAUCCUUUAGCCCGGGGCCACAUACCAGCCAGCCCAAGAAUGGAGAAAGGAAGCCCAGGUGUCACCAGGAGUACUUGGAGCAACUCUCUACCCAAGAACGGUAUGAUGAAAGCUGCUCGCCUCAAAUUUGAUUUCCAAGCGGAGUCGCCAAAAGAACUGACCCUGCAGAAGGGGGACAUUGUCUACAUCCACAAAGAAGUAGAUAAAAACUGGCUUGAAGGAGAACACCACGGCAGGGUGGGCAUUUUCCCUGCUAAUUACGUGGAGGUCCUGCCUCCAACCGAAAUUCCCAAGCCCAUCAAAGUGCCCUCCCUCCAAGUCUUGGAGUACGGGGAAGCAGUGGCCCAGUACAACUUCAAAGGAGACUUGGCGGUAGAGUUGUCCUUUCGAAAGGGUGAACAUAUCUGCCUUGUCCGUAGGGUAGACGAGAACUGGUAUGAAGGUCGCAUCUCUGGCACAAACCGCCAGGGUAUUUUUCCAGCCAACUACGUCCAGGUGGUGAAAGAGCCAAGGGUGAAGAAUUCGGAGGAAUAUCCUUCCUCCCCGGGCCUCCCAGCCCAUGCCAGCUCGUCCCCCCAGGCACAGGCGCCCAGUCUGGGCAGUAGGUGGCAGUCUGAAACUUCCCCUUCAAUCCUGCCAAACACUCUGGCACCAGACCUGCUCGCCUCCUCUUCCUCCUCUGCCUCUUCUGGAUUCACGUUUCCCAUCUCUCCAAAGUUUGAAAACCCCGAGACCACGACUCACAGAAUCCAGGGUGCACUCAGAGCUGGCUCUUUCAGUCCCCAGAGUCGAAGCCCAGGGAAAAUGUCCAGUGGUAGCCCCCAGCCUCUCACAUCUGUCCAGAUGAAGGACCCACCACGACCUGUUCCUCCUCUAUUGACUUCCCAAGCACGGACUUCCAUUCCGCCACAGAAUUCCGCCCUCGAAGCGGCGUUUUCCCCAACUUCAAAGCCGCGGAGCGCCCCCCACACCUCCAGAGACCAGUCCCCCUCCGGCAUCCAGUGGACUCCGUACCAAGCUCUCUACCAUUACCGACCUCAAAAUGAAGAUGAAUUGGAACUCCAGGAAGGUGAUCGCGUAGAUGUGAUGCAACAGUGCGAUGAUGGCUGGUUUGUGGGGGUCUCUAGAAGGACGCAGAAAUUUGGCACUUUCCCUGGGAAUUACGUUACUCCCGUGUGACCAGCAGCUCUCUCUCCAUGCAAUUGAAUCAGAAUCUUCUGCUCCUAGGAUCUUGCCCUUCUUGGAGAAGCACCCACGAUCAACGGACACGAAAGAAAAGAGUAAAAGACAUGGUCUGAAAGCUAAUAUGCCCCCACCCCACCCCCAAGAUAUGUCUUGUUUGCCAGCCGGAGUCUGUACUGCUUGACUUGGUAUCUUCUGCACCUUGGCUUCCUCGGGGGAAGACGAUUACAACCCACUUUCUAUUCCCAGUAUUUAUGAAGCAUCGCUAAUUCCAGCAUUCCCAUGACGGAUGUGGGUUGAACAGAACGUACUGGCCUCUUGUUUCUCUUAAACCUGGGAUUCCGUGUUUUGGCCAGUUCUUACAACCGCCUUGGAAAGUGGAGAUUGAGCGUUCUCUACUGUUGAGCCUAUGCUAAUUCUUCCCUCCAGAAAAA